GCUUUGCAGUUUACAAUAAGCAAUAACAAUUUAAUUUUUCUUUAGAGUUUUGGAAAUGUCCACUUAUUUUUGCAAAUUGCUAAUUAAUAAUAAACAUAAUUGAAAAAUAAAAAUAACACAUUGUUUUAUACAAAAAUAAAAUACGAUACAUUAUAAAGAUAUCUCAUGAGUACCUAUUAUUACAAGAAAUAAACAUUUUAAGUAUGUUAGAAUCGCCAGAUAUGGAUUAUCAAAUGAAUGACAACAAAAAAAUGCCUCCUUUGUCAAAUCCUACAGAAGUACCAUUACCUAAGUAUCCAAUUUACACUGUUGAAUACUUUCAAAAAUAUUUUGAUGUCACGUCGGAUGAUGUAAUUGAACGUAUAAAAGGAGCUUUGAUUCCAAAAUUCGGAGUUAACUAUUUACAACAACAUAUCAGAGCAAAACCUGAUGUAUAUGGUCCAUUCUGGAUAUGUUUAACCCUAGUAUUUUCUAUAGCCAUUAGUGGAAAUGUUGCCAAUUAUAUUCAAGUGGCAGCUGAUAAUAAGUACCAUUGGAAGUAUAACUUUCAUGCUGUGUCAUCAGCAGCUACCGCAAUAUUUGUGUAUGCUUGGUUACUACCUCUAGUAUUAUGGGCAUUUGUCAAGUAUAAGGAACCACAAUUUAACCUCAGUUAUUUGGAAUUGCUGUGCCUUUAUGGUUAUUCACUCUCAAUAUUUAUUCCAAUAUCAAUUUUAUGGGUUAUUCAGAUCAAUUGGCUUCAAUGGUUAUUAGUAGCAACUGGUACUUUAUUGUCAGGUUAUGUUAUUGUAUCAUCUAUUAUACCUUCGUUAGGCCAAAAGCCGUUUGCUUUUAUAUUUUUAAUUAUAAUUUUACACUUAUUUAUGGGAACAGGUUUUAUGUUACAUUUUUUCCAUGUUCCUCCUUUACAAAAAAAUUAAAUUAUUAUUGUAACAAAAAUAAAUUGUUUCAAAAUAUAUUCACAUGUUUUAGAUGUUUAUGUAAUAAUAAUAAUAAUAAUAAUGUAUAAAUAAUUUUAUAAGUUGAA